AUGAUCAGUCGCGAGGAUGACGAGGAUGAAUCAGGCUCUGAUGGUGACAUGGAGGAUAUUAUUAACGUUGAUUUCGAGUUCUUUAAUCCCAAGGAGAUCGAUUUUCACGCCGUCAAAAACCUUCUUAGCCAGUUUUUUGCUAGUGAUGCCAUCCUUUUUGGCCUUUCUGAGCUGGCAGACAUCAUUGUGAGUCAAUCCAGUGUAGGCACCACUAUCAAAGUUAACGGGGAUGAUUCCGAUCCAUAUUCUGUCAUGACUGUCCUCAAUAUGAAUCAACAUAUCCAGGCAAUGGUUCAGAUCCGUGACUAUGUAUUUACAAAGUCUAAGCAGAACGAGAAGCUGCAUGUCAAGCUUAAAGAAUUACUAAGUGCUGGAUCAAGUAAGGAAGUCGGAUUGAUCAUUAGCGAGAGAUUCAUCAAUAUGCCCGUUGAAACAGCUCCUCCUAUGUGGAGAAUGUUGUUAGAGGAAGUUAAAGAUGCAGUUGAAAGAGGAUUGCCUUUCAACUUUGAAUACUACCUUCUUCUCUGCCCGACUUAUCACGAAGUUGCACCCAAGACUGAUUUCGAUGAAGAUACGCCCAAGCCUUCGAGAAAGAAGGCAAAAAUGGUUGACCCAGUAACGUUCUUCUUCCACCCUGAGGAAGAGAUGUUGCAGCAGUACGCCGAAUUCACGCAGGACUUUAAGUUGACUACACCACCAACUGUUGCAGAAUCCAGAAAUACAUUCGAAGAUUAUGGUAUCGCUCCCGCGCGUCGGAUGAUGCUAAUUCAUAGGGACAAGAUCCCAGAGGUUGUCCAGCUUAUGACUAAUAAUUCCCAAUGGUAG